AUAUGCUCUACUGAUAUAAAACAAACCAUACAUUGUUGGACGCGCUCUUUUGAAGGAACAUUGCCAUCAUCAAAUCAUAGCGAUAUGGGUUCGGAAUGCGUAUUAGAAAAAUAUUCGUUUAUCACGAAAGAGUAUUUAGAAGGUAUUUUACAAAAGGAACAAUGCGAAAGUGUAGUUAGUGUCAAAGAGUUUACCGUAGUUCCAGCCCUUGGUAAGGGCGAAAAUUACUCCAGUGAUAUUCUUCGAGUAAAGAUAAAUUAUGUUACCGGUAGUAAUAAUCACAGAACGCAAACAUAUAUUGUAAAAUCUUCAUUGGCGACUGAAGGAAUGGCGGACCUUCUGGAGCAGUAUGACGUUUUCCAUCGUGAAAUUGCUGUUUACCGUAACGUCAUGCCCAGGGUUGAGCGAAUGUUGGCAACAAUAGGGUAUCGAAGCAAAUUGGCUCCUCUCGCCCAUGUGAUAAGUUCGACGGUCCCCAAACAUUUCGUGUUUGAAGAUUUAUCGUUGCACGGUUUCCGUCCAGCUAAUCGCAAGCGGGGACUGAGCUAUAAGCAGUUGGCAAUGGUUUUAGAAAAGGUGGCGAAAUUUCAUGCCGCAACCGCAGUUCUUUUUAGUAUGGAUCAGGAAACUAUGAGAGAUCAUCACUAUCGUAACAUAAAUGAAGAGAUUCAUCAUUUCUAUCCUCUAUUUCAAAACAGCAUGUUAGGCUGUGCGGAGGAAGCAAAAACUUGGUCCACUACCCCCGAAAGUAUUGUUGAGAAAUUAUUCAAAUUGCAAAAGUCUGUUAUUGAUAAGGGUUGCCAGGUGUACACUCGCGAUAACUCUACUUUUAACGUACUUAAUCAUGGUGAUCUUUGGGUCAACAACAUUAUGUAUAAAGAUGAUGCAUCUGGGAAUCCCAUAGACUGCAUUCUGGUUGACUAUGCGGUUGGAUUCUUCGGAUCACCGGCAAUCGAUCUCAGUUACUUAUUGUUCACAUCUUCUUCAGAUGAUAUAACCACUGAACAGUUUGAUUUGCUGCUACAGCACUACCACUCCGAACUGGUAGACUGUCUUAAGAAGUUAAAUUACACUAAACAAAUACCAUCUCUGUUAGAUAAUCACGUUGAGAUGCUGAGAAAAGGUUUUGUGGGUGUAAUGUACGUCACAUUUCUGAUACCUUUACGACUUAUUGAAGAUACAGCCAAUGCAGAUCUGGGGAACUUGUUAGGGUUAUCGGAGGAGGCAGUUGAAUUCCGGCGAAAAAUAUUCAGUCACCCGAAGUAUCGACCAAGAAUGGAAUACUUGCUGAAGUACUUUGACCGUAAAGGUUAUCUUGACUAGUAGAUUUGUCAUGUCCAGCUGUUGAAUUAUGUAAUAAAGAAUUU